GUCCCGCCUUUUCCUUUCUCGCACGUCGCCUGGGACUUUCUACAAGAUGGCGUCCGGCAGUGUUUCAAGAAACAGUAGCCUUCCGCAGACCUCACUACCACCGCCGCAGCCGCAUAAAACCGGGUCCGCCAGAAUCAACUGUUACGAGAUCGAAAGGACCAUCGGCAAGGGCAACUUUGCCGUAGUCAAACUGGCCACUCACAUUGUCACCAAGACUAAGGUUGCUAUAAAGAUAGUAGAUAAGACACAGUUAGAAGAGGAAAACCUGAAGAAGAUCUUCAGAGAAGUUCAAAUCAUGAAAAUGUUAAGACACCCGCAUAUUAUUAGGCUAUAUCAGGUUAUGGAAACAGAAAGAAUGAUUUAUUUGGUUACAGAGUAUGCAAGUGGUGGAGAGAUAUUUGAUCACCUUGUGGCCCAUGGACGAAUGGCAGAGAAAGAAGCCCGAAAGAAAUUCAAGCAAAUUGUUGCAGCUGUUCAUUUUUGUCAUUGUCGCAACAUUGUACAUAGAGAUCUGAAAGCGGAAAACCUACUCCUGGACGCUAACCUUAACAUAAAGAUUGCAGACUUUGGAUUCAGUAACAUUUUUACACCAGGAUGUUUGCUGAAAACAUGGUGUGGGAGUCCGCCUUAUGCAGCUCCUGAAUUGUUUGAAGGAAAAGAAUAUGAUGGGCCCAAAGUAGAUAUAUGGAGCUUGGGGGUGGUGUUAUAUGUGCUCGUUUGUGGGGCCUUACCAUUUGAUGGUAAUACAUUGCAAAACUUGCGAGCCAGGGUACUAAGUGGCAAAUUUCGAAUUCCAUUCUUUAUGUCUACAGAAUGUGAACACUUGGUUCGACAUAUGCUUGUGCUAGACCCAAGCAAACGCCUGUCUGUGGAACAAAUCUGCGCACAUAAGUGGAUGAAAAUAGGUGACCCAGAUCCAGAGUUUGACCAGUUAAUAAAAGAAUCCAAGCAAGUGAAAGCAGAAAUCAAAGCAGAGCCUCUGAAUGAGCAGGUACUUAUGUACAUGACGAAAUUGGGUCUGGAAAGAGAACGCACACUACAGUCAUUGAAGACAGAUGCCUAUGAUCAUUUUAAUGCAAUUUACAGUCUACUGUGUGACAAGCUGAAGCGGCAUAAAACAUUGCGUACCUCUGCAUUGUCAAAUAUACCUCACUCUGUGCUAUUUCGACCAUCUGCAAAUGUACAGGCUGAGCAGACAAGUAACACAUUAAGUCUCAAUGUGCCACAGGUACAACUCAUCAAUCCUGAGAACCAGAUAGUGCAAACUGAUAGUAAUAUGAAUCUAGAUAGCGAUGAAGGGGAAGAGCCAUCACCAGAAGCAAUGGCACGAUAUCUCUCCAUGAGAAGACACACUGUUGGUGUUGCUGACCCCAGAACUGAAGUUCCAGAAGACCUGCAGAAAUGCUGCCUGCCUGGUUUUCCAUGUACCACGCCUCAGGCUCCUUUCCUGCAAGUUGUUCCAAGUAUUAAUUUAAUGCAGAAUAUGUUUCCCACGCAAAACUUACAGCCAGCCACACAGCUGGAGUACAAGGAACAAUCCUUAGUUCAACCUUCAACUCUACAAUUGCUAAAUGGUAUGGGACCUCUCGGUCGUCGUGCUUCUGAUGGUGGAGCCAACAUCCAGUUGCAUGCCCAGCAGUUUCUAAAACAUCCAAGAGGCCCUUCACCUUUGGUCACCAUGAAUCCACAUACUGUGCCAGUCGUGAUACCAGUGGAUGAGGAGGGCUCAGAUGGUGAGCCAGACCAGGAAGCUGUGAAAAGGUAUCUGGCUAACAGAUCUAAACGCCACACUCUUGCAUUGACCAGUCCUACAGCUGAGAUCCCCCUAGAUUUGCAGAGGCAGCUGGGACAGCAGCAGGCAAUCUGUUCAUGGGCUUGGGUUCUUCACCCAGAGCAGUACAGUCGCAUUUGCUAUAAAGACUCCAACACUCUGCACGUUCCAACUGAAAGGUUCUCUCCGGUUCGCCGUUUCUCAGAUGGUGCUGCUAGCAUACAGGCUUUCAAAACUCAUCUAGAGAAAAUGGAGAAAAGCACAAACACGAAUAGUAGCAUAAAGCAGCUGCAGCAGGAAUGUGAACAUUUGCAGAAGAUAUAUGGAAAUGCAGUGGAUGAAAAAAUAUUUGAGAAGACACAACAUCAGCACAUUCUUUAUCAACAAGAACAGCAACAGCAAAUACGACACCAACAGAUUCAGGAAUGUAUUCGGCAACCACAGCCUUCACCUCCAUUGCGAACAGCUUCAUUGAUUCAACAUGUGGAAAACCAGCCAGCAUUAAUCAUUCACCAGCUUCAGAGGUUACGAAUUCAACAUGAACAGUCAAGCCCACCUCCAAAUCAUCCCAACAAUCAUCUCUUCACCAAGUCUAAUAAUACCCCUCCAUGUAGCAGUACAGCUAUUAUGCAGUCCAGCAGUUGUACUACCUCUCCAUCACAGUUUCAAGGCAUACCAUCCCAACAUGCUCUAUUUCAGCAGCCCAGUAAUAGCUCGCCUCCCCCAAACCUUAAUCUUCCUCAAAUGAAUUUACAGUCUGGAUUUUCACAGCAGUCGCAAACUCAGGCAGUUGCAAUUCAAGUCCAGAAAACACCAGAUACACCCGGCAAUAACUUGCUUCAAGGGGCAGGGCAAAAUCUGCAUAUCACACAUCCCUGUGGAAUCAUCAGUUCAGAGAAGCAGCUUCCCCUUCAGCAGAGAGGGGUGCUUAUGCACCUUCUUGGGCCUGCACAACACAGGGACUUGGCCAAACAACUGAGUGCCGAUAGUGCAGAGAUAAACAGCUGCCAUAUUAGUCAAUUGUCUCCUUUGAGUUACGAUCAGACACACUUGCACCCUUACUUUCUCCAGGAAAAGCUUCGACUUUUAACUAACAACUUCAAUCCAGCAACAACAAUGUUUUCUCAAGGCAUGAAAAUUGUACAGACGGAAUCAUUUUCAAACUAUAACCAAAUCAUAGCGGGUAAUGCUGUAAUGCAGCAUGAACAUCAACAGCAAGAUUUCACAGCUUCAUCCCUACAUCAGGCAUUGCUUUCUCCAACACCAUCUGACUAUACAAGACACCAGAGAGUUUCUCAGCAGUAUGGCCACAUGAUUCAGGGACUGCUAUCACCCAGGCAUUCGUUGACAGGCCAACAAGACCUGCGCUUAACUCCUGUUGAAUUGCCACAUUUUUUAAAACAGUGUCAGUGGCAGCAACAUCAGCAAGAGUAUGACUUGCUGAGGCAUGUGAGCCAGGAGGUGGGGGACAAGACUGCUAACUUAUGUGGGCAGCAACAUUUUUUAACAGAAACAUUAAAUUUGCCUUAUCAGAAUACAGAAACAUAUCAUCAGCAUCAUCUACUGCAGGUCAGAGGCCAGGAUCAUAUUCUGCAGCCCCUUUCAUCAUCCCAUGACCACAGUUUUGUACAUCAUAGUCUGCUGAUACAUUCAGAGUGUAUGGAAGAGGACUGUGUGAAUGAGGGGAACAAGAAAGGCUAUCAGGACAAAACUAAUUCUAGUGACAUAUCCACCAAAUGCUGCCAAGAGAAUCCAGAGCUGUUCAACGUUGUUAGGUGUGAGGCUUCAGAGACACUGCUAGCAAAUAUAAAUCAUGUGCACAAAAUGAGUGUUUCACAGCUAUACAGUCAUCAGCCAGACCCUGACGUUGCUGGAAGUAAAGUGCCAAGCAAAGAGUCCCCAGUAGCAGAUCAAACAGAUGGAAGUGCUCCUAUACAGCCAAUGGAAGUAAAUGACCACAAUGCAAUAGGUUACAAAACAAGAGAGUCAAGUAGAACUCUCCAACGGCAUCACACCAUUCAGACAAAUGAUGAUGCUUUUGAUCAGGCAGAGCCAUCAGGGAUGAGUUUAUUAGAUGCAAAGGUGCUUAGCUCUGCACGUAUGUCAGAUGUUCUUAGCCUGUCAUCGCUCAUGGGAAAUCAACAACUGCAGAACAGAGAAGAGCACCGUGGAUGUUCCCAGAGUUCUGCUGAACCAAACAGAGGAGGUGUGGCACAUUCAAACAGCUCUUGCUACCCUGCCAAAUGCAUCACUGACAUUUUGAAAGAGCUGAACCCACCACUUGACAACAAAGUACUUCUCUACAAAACAUCCUGAUUUGGCCUUCGGAUUGGAGCAGGCUGGCAUGUAACAAAUAACGUGGUGAAUGUAUUCAGCUAUGAGGUGAAAGGUCCACUUUGUCAACAGUAUCAGCAUCAUUCCAAGCUUCAUUGUAUUUCCUUCAAACACAAUAUUGUUACUUGUCCUCUGUGACUUGAGUAAUUGCACUGCUUGCCACAGCUGUCACUACCAGUCAUGUGGAAAAGAGAAGAUUGAAGACUUCAAGAUUAUAAAAAUAGAAGUGUCCUCAUGCAUCCUCCUGAUCUAAGCUUGCCAGAACUAAACCCCACUAAGCCCUGUGAUGUCACUUUAUCCAGAGAGAAUAACCGAGUAGUUCAGUUUGUGCUCUGAGGUUUAAUUUUUCUCUCCUUCUUACCCCUCUGCUACUCCUUCAUUUUCAAUUUUUUCCUAACAGUGGUGCAAUGCUUUGUUUUCAUGUUCUUUGCUUGAUGAUCAGUGUGUUCUCUUUCUGUUGUUAAUAUUUGUGUCAUUUACCAAGAAAAAGUGUACAGCCAUUUCUUUAGAGACAAGUUAUAUUUUUAUUUCUCAUCCUGUAGGACCUGUUAUGUUAUUAAAAAAUAUGAAUUAAAUAAAUUUAUUUAAAAAGAAAUAGUCAAAAUAAAUGAUUUUGUUAUAUUUGAAUUGUAACUUGGACCUUUGCUAAAAUAUUUUCCCUUUAUAUGGCAUUGUAAUUGUGAUUUGUUUCUUUGUGCCAAGUGAAACUUAUUAAUGUAAUCCCUUUGAAAUUUCAUAGUACGUAUUAUAUUUAUAUGUCUUUUAUAUAAAAACACCAAGAACCUGCCAAAAAGAUCAGAUUAUGGCUACUUUCUAUAAUUUAUCAAAAAAGGAAGAUUUAUCUGUCUUAUAAAGUGAAGCAGAUAAAAAGUGUAAAUAGCAGAACUUUGAAACCAAUUUAUAUAAAUGGAAAGAGAGUACAACUAACCCAGUCAAGCAGAGUUGAACUAUAAUUUUAAUAAUCAUGGUUUUUUUAAGAGCUUUGGACAGAAAAUGUUUAAACCUGAUUGAAACUUAAACUAUCAUCCACUUCAUCAUCAUCAUCAACAUUAUGCACUGUGUCGUAUGACGAGGGCAAUCUUGGUCCUUCCAUGACCAUGAUUGUUCCUGGCAAAUUUUCCUACAGAAGUGGUUUACCAUUGCCUUCUUCUGGGCAGUGUCUUUACAAGAUGGGUGACCCCAGCCAUUAUCAAUAUUCUUCAGAGAUUGCCUGGCGUCAGUAUGCACAUAAUUAGGACUUAUGAUAUGCACUAGCUACUCAUAUAAACAUCCUAGGUCCCAUUGUUGUGACCCUGAUCAAGAGGGCUAAGCAGAUGCUACACUUUGCCCAAGGGUGACCUACUGGCUAGCAGAGGAAAGAAGUCUUUUACCUCCUUUGGUAGAGAUGUAUCUCCAACCUGCCACCCUUAUCUGUUUCUAAACUAUGUAUCUGUCUAAUUUCUCUCAUAUAUAUAAAAUUUCUGUUACAUUUAUCGGAUGAAAAAUUUCAAAAAUGUUGAACAGAAGGUACUAAGAAAACACUUACGUUUUUCUCUGCAACCAGACACUGUAUUUAUGGGAGAGUCAACUGCCAGUCCAAGGUAAAAAAAUAACUGAACUGUUGUGCCAUCUGCCAUCUUUAAUGUUGCUUUGUAUUUUAGUAAUCAAUACGCAGUAUAUGUUGAAUGUAUAAUAAUAUACUUCGUCAUUUCUGUUUUGGAAAUGUUGAAAGUACUUCUUUCUUGUUUAUGAUGAACAAAAGUUCAGUGAUCUAGUACAUUGUGUGGGUCACGCAACUAGAAAUUUAGUUGGAAAGUGGGUUCAUGAUAAAUAAAACUUAUUGUAAUUUAACAUGACAAUUGUUUUUAUUUAGUUUUUGUAAAAUUGCCAGCCGUGUUGUUUCCUGGAUUCUGAUGAAUUGGAUCACAUUGAGACCAAUAUAUUUUGGCUCAAUUUUCUGAAGGUUAAUGGAAAUAGUUAAAAAGAAUGUAAGAAAAGACAAACUGGGUAACAAAGUAGGUAUUUAAAUGAAAUAUGAAAAAUUUGCAACUGUACUAUAAAUAUGUAUUAGUUUCUAAUAUUUCAAUAGAGAAAUUCAUAAUGUGUACGCUGAUACAUUCUUU